CAUUGAUCUACAUCUUCCUGAUCCAGCUGAUUCCCAAUCGCUUGGGAAGGCUGAAGUUUCUGACGCAGCUCCUUCCCAAUUUGGCAGCUCUUUUUAGCAUAAUGCAGCAGGCGCCCUGCCUCAAGCCACAGGCGCAAAUGCAGGCAGGCUUCUUUUAAGGCACCCUUUUAAGGGAGAAGAAGCCAUGCCCGGAGCCUGAUCAUUCCCUUCAUUGCAUCUUCUUUCCCUCUCUCUUUGUCCCCUUGUUUUGGUUCAGAUCCAGUCUCCCAGGACUUUCCAAAAAGGACGCUUAUACUUUGAACCGUAUUGGACUAACUUUCUUUCAAAAAACAAAACCCUUUCAUAAAGCCCCCCUCCCCUUUGGGCAUCCCCCCCCCCCCCUAAAUUAUUGGCUUUUCUGUUCCUUUCGGAAGUGGGAUGCAGGAAAACAUGGAGAGUGGAAUUUCGGAAUGGCUCCUCUAGCUGGGAUGCUUUUGAUUCAGGAGCUGUGGAAUCCGCUCCAGCUUUUAUCCCGAUCUUGAAAAAAUAAGUACAAACUGAAAGUAAAAACAAAAAAAUAAGGAAAGAAGCCCCCUCUUAGCAACAACAAGACAAGAAGAGCAGUGCUUUGGGUAGAUGCAUCCACUUCCAAGAAGUCAUUGGCUCAAGGAACCGUUUGUUACUACAAGCUGCGAAAUCAAUCAAAGCCUGGCUCACUGUUUCUGAUGACCUCUUUCCUCCCCAUCACUGAUCAUAAUUGGAAAGGACCAGGACAUCUAUGGAACCAUUUGUGGAAUAUGUUAAAUAACCCAAAGAAGCAGCAUGUGCCUUGUAUGCUGGAAGAGCAGGCAUGAAUGCCAUCAGGAAGAAGAGAUUUUGGGCAUCCUGUUUCUGCCUGAUGGCCAUCUUUUUUCUUCUGGUUACUCUCCAGGUGGUCGUAGAACUUGGCAAGUCUGAAAAGACGACACCGAAAAGAUCAAUUUCCCAAAAUGCUGCUUUUGGUAAAGAAGAAUUGGAGAAAUAUGCUCAUUUAUUUGAGAAGAUGCCUGAACUCCACAGUGAUACAGAAAGAAUUUUGUACCAAGACACAUACCCCAUCAUACUGUGGUGGUCUCCACUGACGGGAGAGACUGGGAGGCUUGGACAGUGCGGGCAAGAAGCUUGCUUCUUUACUAUCAACAAGACCUAUCAGCACCAUCCUAUGACGAAAGCCUUUCUCUUUUAUGGCACUGAUUUCAGCAUAGACAGCUUGCCUCUCCCCCGCAGAGAUGACCAUGACUGGGCCCUUUUCCACGAGGAGUCACCUAAAAACAAUUACAAGCUUUUCCAGAGCCCCACUAUCACUCUCUUCAACCACACAGCUACUUUCAGUCACCAUUCACACCUCCCACUUACCACUCAGUACCUUGAAAGCAUUGAGGCCUUAAAAUCCUUGAAGUAUGUGGUUUCUUUGCCUCAAAAGAACAGCCUGAGGAAGACACUUGCGCCACUUGUGUAUGUCCAAUCAGAUUGUGAUCCACCCUCUGACCGGGACACUUAUGUAAAGGAGCUGAUGGCUCACAUUGAGGUAGACUCCUAUGGGGACUGCUUACACAACAGAGAUCUUCCUGAGCCUCUUGGAAACCCAUCCUCUAUGGAAAGUGAUGUCUUUUACAAGAUCCUUGCUCAGUACAAAUUUGUUCUGGCUUUUGAAAAUGCUGUAUGCGAAGAUUAUAUCACUGAAAAACUCUGGAGACCACUGAAGCUGGGAAUCGUACCAGUAUAUUUUGGCUCCCCGGGUGUUGAAGACUGGCUUCCAAAUAACAACAGUGCCAUUCUAGUCACUAAAUUCUCACACCCCAAAGACCUGGCUGAAUACAUCAAAUCACUGGACAAAGAUGACAAGGAGUACGAGGCUUAUCUUGAGUGGAAGUUGAAGGGAGAUGUAUCCAACCAACGACUGGUUGCUGCCAUCCAAGAACGCACCUGGGGAGUGCAAGAUAUCAUGAAGGACAAUUACAUUGAUGCCUUUGAGUGCAUGGUAUGCAGUAGAAUUUGGGAAAACAUAAGGCGGCAAGCAAAGGGAUUGCUACCCAAAAGGUGGAAUGCAGAAGAGAGUCACUUGAGCUGUCCCAAACCUCAGACAUUUGUUUUUUCUGCUCCAAAUGCGGAAAACACAGCUCUGCGAGAGAUGUGGAUACCAAGUUUUGAACAGUCCAAGAGAGAAGCACGUGCACUGAGGCAGCUGGUGGACAGGAACAGAAAUUUCACAGCUCAGGAGUUUUGGUCUUUGGUGUUUAGAGACUGAUUUUUAGAAGACUAUAGGCCCUUGACUCAUGACAAAAAGGUCUAUCCAUAGAUGAGCCAGUUAGAGGGCUAUUGUUUGUAGAUUGCCUUAACAGGAAAGUAGGAAGCAGUUUUAACAACUGAACAUACAAUGUGAAAACAUGGUAUUCAGUGAAUACUAACCAAUAAGAAUGAUCCCAUUGGAUCAACUGACAAUACGUUUUAAUACUAAUAUUUAGUAUAAAGUAUUAAUAUAGAUGAUUUUUAUGAUUCAUAUUUGGGCAUUCGUACCCAAAUUCUAUACAAUUAUUAUUAGUGUGUGAUUGCUUCCACAUCAGCAGUGUCAAGACUGUACCCUAUGCAGCUGCGUUCUUGGCUUAUUUACAAAUUGCUCAAGCACUAAUUUUGUCCAUGAGACUGGGCAUUGCUGCUUGUGUUGUUUGUAUACAUUUGAGGAAGUCUUGAAUAUGAAUCCCAGGUCACUGUAUGGAUAAAUGACAGCAUAGUUGUGUAACAGUUUUAGAAAAGGAGUUUGUAGCAUCCAUUAACUCUGAUGCUAAAUUGUAGUCAACUGUGGUCCAAAGUAUCCAAGGAUCAAAGAUUCCCUACCCAUAUAAUGAAAAGCAGGCAUCACACAAGCUUGAGUGAGCUCAGUCAUAUUAUGGCAUACCACUCUGAUAAACUUGUUAAAGAGCUUUUUUUUAAUGUCAGGAGUAACUUGAGAAACUGCAAGUCGCUUCUGGUGUGAGAGAAUUGGCCAUCUGCAAGGACGUUGCCCAGGGGAUGCCUGGAUGUUUGAUAUUUUACCAUCCUGUGGGAAGCUUCUCUCAUGUCCCUGCAUGGGGAGCUAGAGCUGAUGGAUGGGAGCUCACCCCACUCCCCAGAUUCGAACUAAAAAAGCCAAUGGGAUUUUGGCCUGCCUAAAUAGGAGUCCAGUGUCUAGAUCCAGGGAAGUCAUGCUCCCCUUCUGUUCUGCCUUGGUCAGACCACACCUGGAAUACUGUGUCCAAUUCUGGGCACUGCAAUUUAAGGGAGAUGUUGACAAGCUGGAAAACGUCCAGAGGAUGGUGACUAAAAUGAUCAAGGGUCUGGAGAACAAGCCCUGUGAGGAGUGGCUUAAAGAGCUGGGCAUGUUUAGCCUGCAGAAGAGAAGGCUGAGAGGAGACAUGAUAGCCAUGUACAAAUAUGUGAGGGGAAGUCAUAGGGAGGAGGGAGCAAGCUUGUUUUCUGCUGCCCUGCAGACUAGGAUGUGGCUUCAAAGUAUAGGAAAGGAGACUCCACCUGAACAUGAGGAAGAACUUCCUCACUGUGAGAACUGUUCAGCAGUGGAAGUCUUUGCCCGAGAGUGUGGUGGAGGCUCCUUUGGAGGCUUUUAAGCAGAGGCUGGAUGGCCAUCUGUUGGGGGUGCUUUGAAUACGAUUUCCUGCUUUUUGGCAGGAUGUUGGACUGGAUGGCCCAUGAGGUUUCUUCCAACUCUGUUUUUAUGAUUCUAUGUGAUGUAUCGGUGAAUAAUGUGUGCAGAUCCAAGUAUGGUGGCCUUUUGCAGCUGACAGAUGGUAAUUUUGUCAUCUCUGAUUGUUUUCAAUUUUUGUCAACGUUGAUUGUUUUCAAGUGCUGGCCAAGGUCUUUAGGCACUGCAUCCAGUGUGCCGAUCACCACUGGAACCACCAGUUCGAUCGUUAAAUCCUCGUAUCGUGGCAGCUUUCCAUGUUGCAUCUUGUCAAUCCUGCUGUCACCUGGGAUUGCAACAUCGAUGAUCCAUACUUGUUGUUAUUAUUAUUGUAGAAAUAGUAUCUACUAUCUACAUCAGCGGUGGAAAUGCAUAGAGAGAGAAUGGAUUUUCUCCCUUUGGGUUUGGGUUUGAACUUGGGUUCAAACCCAAACCCAAGGAUGUUAUGCUGCCAAAACCUGUUUUGACAUUUUCAUUGCUAAUUUAAGGUGGUAUCAAAGCUCUCUCUUCCCAGGUGGUGUUGCAAGGAUGAACAACAAGUGGAAAGAGAAACAGGCAGCACAUGCUUCUUAGUAGAUGCUGCCUCUGUCCAUUGCUGACUUUGUAGCUUUGCAGUGCCGAGCUUCAAAGGAUUCCUUGGAGUCACAGAUCUAUUGAACGACCUUGGGACAGUGCCUGUUAAAAAGCAUAAGCAGUUUCCAAAGAUACUCUUCCCAUAGUGCCUUAUCUCUGAAGUCACUCUUGAAGUCUAGCAUUGAAGCAGGUAUCUCUGGGUAGAUUCGCCCUCUGUCAGGAAUCGUGAUGGAAGCCCAGUCAUUUUAUCAGCAGGAUGUUAUAUUCUCAUAACUCAUAACUCAUGGCUCCUAAAGAGCUGCCUAAUGUGAGACAUCACGUAUUGAAUUGCUUGAGACAAGAAGCUGUGGGAAUGGCAGCAUGGUUGAUUUAUUAUUAGACUUCUGAAUUCCCCACUAUGGAUACAAUUACACGUAAUUUGGUCAUCAAUUGGCUGAAGUCCUGUUUGCCGGGACCUUGCUUGAAUAGCACCAAAAUUAGGAAACGUUACUUUUAAAAAUGUUACUCUGUUAGCAUGGCUUCUGGGAUUUUGCAAUUUGUAGUAAAAAAAGUAACAUUUGCAAGCUUUGAAGAACACUCAUUGCAUCUGUCCACAGCCUAGCUCUGACACCUAUUGACAAGCAGAAAUGAAGCCAGCAUAAUGAUUCAUAACAUGAUGAAUGCUGCAAAAAGAAAA